UCUAAUCAACUCUUCUUUUUGUACAUUCAAAGAGUUUUUCAUUUUACUUUUUACAAUGGCUGCUUCAACAAUGGCUCUUUCCUCCUCUACCUUUGUAGGAAAGGCGGUGAAACUCUCACCAUCUUCUUCUGAAAUCACUGGAAAUGGGAGAAUCACCAUGAGGAAGACUGCUGCCAAGGCCAAGCCUGCCUCCUCUGGUAGCCCAUGGUACGGUCCUGACCGUGUUAAGUACUUGGGCCCAUUCUCUGGUGAAGCCCCAAGCUACUUGACUGGUGAGUUCCCUGGUGACUACGGAUGGGACACUGCUGGACUUUCAGCUGACCCUGAAACAUUCGCUAAGAAUCGUGAAUUGGAGGUGAUCCACUGCAGAUGGGCCAUGCUUGGUGCUCUUGGAUGUGUCUUCCCUGAGCUUUUGGCCCGUAACGGUGUCAAGUUCGGUGAAGCUGUAUGGUUCAAGGCUGGAUCCCAAAUUUUCAGCGAGGGUGGACUUGACUACUUGGGCAACCCAAGCUUGGUCCAUGCACAAAGCAUCUUGGCUAUUUGGGCUUGCCAAGUUGUGUUGAUGGGAGCCGUUGAGGGUUACCGUAUUGCUGGUGGACCUCUUGGUGAGGUUGUUGACCCACUUUACCCUGGUGGUAGCUUUGACCCAUUGGGCCUUGCUGAUGACCCAGAGGCUUUUGCUGAGCUCAAGGUAAAAGAGAUCAAGAAUGGUAGACUUGCUAUGUUCUCCAUGUUUGGAUUCUUUGUUCAAGCUAUUGUCACUGGAAAGGGUCCAUUGGAGAACCUUGCCGACCAUCUUGCCGAUCCAGUUAACAACAAUGCCUGGGCCUUUGCCACAAACUUCGUCCCCGGAAAAGCAGCCGUAAUUGCAUCGUCAGCAAGCAUCCUGCCAUACUGCAAUCGAACAGGUGGACGAUGGAAAAAUGGUUUCCUAUCUUCCUGUAGUAAACUCUAUUCAAAAGUUUUUCUUCUUACUUUUAUAAUGGUAGCUUCUACAAUGUCUCUCUCUUCUUCUUCUUUUGUCGGAAAGGCGGUAAAACUCUCACCAUCUUCCUCUGAAAUCAUUGGAAAUGGAAGAGUCACCAUGAGGAAGACUGCUACCAAGGCAAAGCCCGCCUCCUCUGGCAGCCCAUGGUACGGUCCUGACCGUGUCAAGUACUUGGGACCGUUCUCUGGUGAGGCCCCAAGCUACUUGACUGGUGAGUUCCCUGGUGACUACGGAUGGGACACUGCUGGACUUUCUGCUGAUCCAGAAACCUUUGCCAAAAAUCGUGAGUUGGAGGUGAUCCACUGCAGAUGGGCCAUGCUUGGAGCUCUUGGUUGUGUCUUCCCAGAGCUCUUGGCCCGUAAUGGUGUUAAUUUUGGUGAAGCUAUAUGGUUCAAGGCUGGAUCACAAAUUUUUAGCGAGGGUGGACUUGACUACUUGGGCAACCCAAGCUUGGUCCAUGCACAAAGCAUCUUAGCUAUUUGGGCUUGCCAAGUUGUGUUGAUGGGAGCCGUUGAGGGUUACCGUAUUGCUGGUGGGCCUCUUGGUGAGGUUGUUGACCCACUCUACCCCGGUGGUAGCUUUGACCCAUUGGGCCUUGCUGAAGACCCAGAGGCUUUUGCUGAGCUCAAGGUAAAAGAGAUCAAGAAUGGUAGACUUGCUAUGUUCUCCAUGUUUGGUUUCUUCGUUCAAGCAAUUGUCACCGGAAAGGGUCCAUUGGAGAACCUUGCUGACCACCUUGCUGAUCCAGUUAACAACAAUGCCUGGGCCUUUGCCACAAACUUCGUCCCCGGAAAGUGAAGUUCUUAAAAAGAGUCUUUUGUAUUAGUUGAUUGUUUGUUGGCCUUGUAAAGCUAUUGUAAAUUACAAGAACAUUAUAUAUGAGUUUUGUUCGUUCUCCAA